AUGCAACUGACCUCCGCCGAGCAUUGUAGACUGGAUAAGAAAGGUAUCUCAAUUCGCUCAUUCUUCUCUCACAUCAUCACUUACCUGUGACAGUCAACCUAACCGCCUCCGGGCGGUUGGUGCUGAGACAGAGCUUUAGAGGAAGAAUCUGGAUGGAUGAGUCUCCCUCCUCUGUCCUCCCCCUUAUUCCCUGCCUGCAGAACUGGACAAACGUGCCAAGGCGGUCUGUCGAUUUGACAAGAAUACGUGUGGAUGGACCAACGACAAUAACAAUGACUGGCGAUGUCGAUGGGCCCUCCAUCGCCAACCUUUACCCCAGCUGACGGUGGGGAGCACCAACUCUGUGGACUAUCCCAUCCUCUGUUUCUCGGCGACCCCUGCGCCUGCUACGCGGUCAGAAGACUCGGGUGCUGAUUCCUGGCUAGCCAUUCCGAGCCAGCAGUCGGCCAGCAGCUCUGUGAUUCGUGCGGCUAGUGAGAUUCAGGCUCGUAUCUGGAGCCCACCGGUGCCUGCUAGUCUCGGUCUACGCUGUCUCAGAUUUGUCUACUUCGCUCACCUCGGGAGUCCGCGAACGGGUUCGCGCUCGCCAAAGCAUUUUGGUCUGACUCUGCUCCAACGUGCUGACGGGUGCAUAUAAUGAGACAGUUCUAACCUAUCCCCUCCAAACCACCUUGUUCCUCCACCCACAAUACCUAUCAGUGGCCACUCUGAGGCCGGCAGAGAGGGCUAGAAGUUAGCGGUUUUGCUUAGAGCGACGUUUAACCGAGCCAGCGAGGUUAACCUCUCUCUCACACAAAACUCCCCGCUCUGUCUCUCGUAGUGCCAUCUCCGCACCCGAAAGCGGUCUGUGGGUUUGAUAAGAACACCUGUGGCUGGAAGAACGAUGCAAACAACUGGCAGCGUCACUGGCGUAUUCGUCGUGAACUGCCUGGUUCGGAGAAUGUUGGUCAUCUGCCCGUACUCUGCCUGUCGGCCAGCCAACUAGAUCAGUCCGCCAAAAAGGAGGAUGAAGAUUCGGACGCCGAAUCCUCUUGGGUGUCAGAUCCGGAUGCAGAAAGCCGUUCUGACGAUGUCUCAGGCGAUGGCACUGUUGACAUUCAGGCGCGACUCUGGAGUCCAACAGUUCGCAGCACGCUGGGUCUCCGUUGUCUUACGUUGGCUUACUCUGUUACACUGGGCAGUGUUGUAUCGGGGAGUAGCAGUCGUGACCGACUGCCCAGCCUUGCACUGCUUCAGCGUCAAGAAGGGUUCGCCAGUACCACAUGCAUUCCUGAUCCUCCUCCCGCUCCUCCUCCUCCUCCUCCUCCUCCACCACCACCACCACCACCACUUUUGACUCAUGAAUACCCAAAAAGUCCGUCAUUUUUAGCUUCGUAA